GCAUUUCCUUUAAAGCUGCUCCUACUCCUGCCGACACACUGACUUGACUUUAUCCCAAAUUCAUGCAUUUCUACCCCCAAAUAAUUAAAGCUGCAAUGCCAUAAAAUUUUUAAUAAACAAACAAAAAUAAUUGAGCUACGUCCUUCUUUCCUCCUCCCCAUAUUUAUUAGUCAGUACUCUUAUUAUUUAAUUCCAACUUGCUCUGCCCAAAAUUCUGCAAUCAAUCAAACACAACCUACCACCCACCUUUACCCAGAAGAAGAAGAAAAACUCCCAAGCUCAUCAGAAAAAGCAAGGUUUUUUUUUGCUUGUUUCAAUAAUCAGCGGAGAAGAAGAUGCCUUGUGAUCUGAAUCUCAAGGCAACCGAGCUCCGGCUCGGGCUGCCCGGCACAGAAGAAGAAGAGUGUGUGACAGAAAUGGGGUCAAGCCUGAAGAACAAGAACAAAAGAUCCCUUCUUGCUGAAUCUGGGGAUGAAGAAGACUGCGAAUCCAAGGCCAACAAUGAAGGUGCCAAGAACUCCCCUGCUUCAAAGGCACAGAUAGUGGGAUGGCCACCAGUGAGAUCCUACAGGAAGAACAAUCUGCAAGUGAAAAAGACAGAUUCAUCAGAGAGUGGAAUGUUUGUGAAGGUUAGCAUGGAUGGAGCACCUUACCUUAGAAAGAUUGAUCUCCAUGUGUACAGUGGGUACUCAGAUCUGCUGAAAGCAUUGGAGACCAUGUUUAAGCUAUCCAUAGGUCACUACUCUGAGAGGGAAGGCUACAAAGGCUCUGAAUAUGCCCCUGCUUAUGAGGAUAAAGAUGGUGACUUGAUGCUUGUUGGUGAUGUUCCUUGGGAAAUGUUCCUGUCAUCGUGCAAGAGGUUGAGAAUAAUGAAAGGUUCAGAGACAAGAGGUUUGGGUGUUGGAAACUGAAGAUCCAGAAGCCAAAAAAUUAUAGGAAAUGAGUGGAAUUUGAAGAUCUCUUCUGUCUCAGGCAGGGAAUUUAUCAAGAUAAAGGUUCCUUCUUUGCAAGAUCGGGUUCUCGGAUUUUCAAGAAUCUCAGCUUAGUUGCUGUGAAAUGUUUUCUUUUUGCUUUUUUGUAUCGUGAAAAAACAGUUUCAUGGAUUGGUCUUCUUCCACUCAAGAAUGGAACCAGAAGAAACCAGUUAUUGUGACAUUAUUAUUGUUGUUCUUGUAUUUGGGUAAUUUCAAUUUUUUGGUCGUGUAAAUGUAUGUUAUGAUCAGGAUAAAACCUGCUUGGCUUUCAAAAGAUGCUGUGAUGUUUUGUUUUUGUUUUUGGGAUAACAUCAAUGAACAAACUAAAUAAUCAGACAAGGUUGGUGG